AUGGACCCCACCAAACGACCCAAACCACGUGUCGUCUGUGGAGACGAUGCCAUGGGCUUCCACUAUCACACCAUGAGCUGCGAUGACUGUAAGCGCUUCUUUUGCCACUCGAUGCAAGGAAAAGUGGGGUCCACAUGCCAAUUCUACGGCCAGUGUCACGUUGCCGAUAAUAAGAAUCGGACGAGACGAAAGAAAUGCCGACUUGACAGAUGCCUCAAAAUUGGCGUGACAAAAGAGCGUAAGCUGCCAGAGCAAUAUUUUACUCCUUUCCUUUACUUUGGCGGAAUCAGCGGUGCGAACGAAGCAAACGAACCAAAUGACACCUCUAACGCGAAAAAAAGUCGUUAUUUUGACCACAUUGGCAUGGCGGGAGAAAUUGCAAUCUCCUAUUGCGUUGUCAGUGUGUCCAACAAUAGCAUCCAAAUGCUUGAAAAAUGCUCACUAAAGGUCAGAAUGGUUUUAACAGAUGUGCCAAUGUUUGUUUUUAGCUCAAUUCGCAGGAUCAGGUGCAACUUCUUCAAACCGCCAUCACAGAUAUUCUAA